CUGAAACCCGGCCCAGUGAAUCUAUGACGUCACAUGCAAGAAUUUAGAAUUGUGAAAAUAUGGAGUCCGAAAAGACAGCACGUGUAAAAUUGAUUUUAGAGCUUUUUGAGAUCGGCGCUCUAAAAUUUGGGACCUUCACCCUCAAAAGCGGCAUUGAAUCGCCUGUAUAUUUCGACCUUCGUGUGAUCGUGUCUUAUCCAAAAAUUAUGCUGCAAGUUGCAGACGAAAUGUGGAAGUCUGCUGUAGGUUUGAAUUUUGAUCAACUUUGUGGCGUGCCUUACACCGCCCUGCCAAUAGCAACAUGUAUGUCGACAAAAUAUAAUGUUCCUAUGAUGAUAAAACGAAAGGAAGCGAAAUCAUACGGUACAAAGAAGCUUAUUGAAGGAAAGUUCGAAAAGAACACCGUGUGCUUGGUAAUAGAAGAUGUGGUAACUACAGGAUCAAGUGUUCUUGAGACGGUGCGUGAUUUAGCAACAGUUGAUGUGGUAGUUCACGAUGCUAUAGUUUUGCUCGAUCGAUGUCAGGGUGGCAGAAAAUCCCUUGCAGAUAAAGAGAUAAAGUUGCAUAGUGUAUUUACACUUAGAGAGGUCUUGUGCAUUUUAGAAGAAACAGGCAAGCUUGAUAAAGUUAUGGUUGAAAAAGUAGAGGCGUUCAUUGAACAAAAUAGCAUGGUACCAGUGGUACCCUCAGUUCAAAGCACAACACCUCUGACGUACCAACAUCGUGCUACCAUAGCAACAAAUCCAGUUGCCCAGAUGUUGUUCACUAUAAUGCAUCAGAAGCAAUCAAAUUUAUGUGUAUCAGUAGAUCUAACAUCAACUGCAGCAAUUCUAGAUUUAGUGAAAAAGGUUGGUAAUUUCAUCUGCAUUGUGAAACUCCAUGUUGAUAUUAUUGAAGAUUUCAACAUGAAUUUUAUCAAGGAUUUGCAAGCCCUUGCACAAAAACAUAAUUUUCUCAUCUUUGAAGACCGAAAGUUUGCAGAUAUUGGUAACACUGUUAAGUACCAGUAUGGUUCUGGGGUUUACCAAAUUUCAGAAUGGGCGCAUAUAAUUAAUGCCCAUUCAGUUCCAGGGGAAGGUGUUGUCAGAGGACUGAAAGAGAUUGGAAUGUCGAAAGGAAGAGCAUGUCUUAUGAUUGCCCAAAUGAGCGCAGCAGGAAAUUUAGCAACAGGUCAAUAUACUGAGGCAACCGUGAAGAUGGCAGAGGAUAACUCAGAUUUUGUGAUUGGUUUCAUUUGUACAUCACAGGUGGCUGAUAACCCAGCAUUCAUUCACAUGACCCCUGGAGUGAAGUUACAAUCUGGGGGUGACAACCUCGGACAGCAAUAUCAAACACCAGAAGAGGUGAUAAUUAAUCAAAGAAGUGAUGUGAUUAUUGUCGGUCGUGGAAUCUAUGCAGCAAAUGAUCCUGUUGAAGCUGCAAAAACUUACCAAGAAGCUGGCUAUAAUGCUUACAAGACUAGAUUGGGAUUGUAGUGAUUGUACUAAUUCAGGACAUUUGUUUGAAUCUAAUUGAAAACUAACAUACAUAAUUGUAUUUUCUAAUACCUAAAGCUGGAUAGUUUUAUAUCGAAGUGGGCCUGGUUAUUUCUGAAUAACGUAAACUAAAGUGUAGUUUUACCUAUUCAAGGAAGCAAUCCUUUGCUGUGUUUAUUCACUGUGUUUGGUUAUAGUCAAUGGUGUUUCAAUAAUCUUUGCAGUAAGCCAAUAUCUGUCAAAAUUGCCUCAAAAUUGUGUGCAUUAAGAAUAACGAUAUUUUGAUCCAGGACACGAA